AUGGCAACAGGCGGAUUUGCUCUCCCUAACUAUAAUGAAUCCUCAGCUCAGCAGAGAAAAAUGCUUCUAAAAGCUACCCAAACUUUUGGCGAAAUUCUCAAUUUUUCUCCAACCCUCACAAAUGGCACUAUAGUAAUCGCUGACUAUGGGUCGUCUGAGGUCUACAACUCUAUGGUCUUUCUUAGCAGAACUCUUCAGAAUUUCAGAAAAAUUUCGUCCCAGCCCAUUCUUGUCUUCCACAAUGACCUGCCUGACAAUAAUUGGGUAGCUGCAAAUAAAAUCCUAUUGGAGUCUGAAGAGUCCUAUAUAAAAAUCCCUGACGUUUAUUUUUCAGCUAUAGGCAGAUCUUUUUAUGAUCAAAUUUUACCUAAUAAUUCUGUCCACAUUGGGUUUUCCUCAGCAGCUAUCCAUUGGUUAUCCCAGCCUUUAAGUGCUCCAGACCAUAUUCUCCCAUCCUCUUCUAAUGAUCCUACCUUUAAAGCCAUAGCUUCAGAGCUUGCCCAUAGAGACUUACUUACUUUUCUUUCCCACAGACAUAAAGAACUAGUAAAUAAUGGCCGUUUACUCUUACAAUUCGCUGACUCUAAUAAUAACUCAAGCUUAGCAAGCACAGUAAUGCAGCAAGUCUCUAUAAAUUUAUUAUCCAGAGGGGUAAUUACAGAAGAAGAAAAAAGAGACUUGACGAUGCCAAUUUAUAGGAGAAGUAAUGAAGAAAUCCAACAGGUGUUAGAAGAAGUUUCAGGUUUAUUUAGGGUAAUUUCGAUAGAAAAAAUAGAAGCAAAAAGGUAUGAAGGGGUGUCUGAUGAACAUUUAAGGGAGGUUGUAGAGCAGAUCAAGAAGUAUGGGCCUGGGAUGAUGAGGACACCUUUGUUGAGAGCGAUAAAAAGGGAUAGCGAAGAAUUUGAGAGGAUUUUUGAGAUUUUUGCAAAAAAAGCCUGCGAGGUAUUUGAGAGCAUUGAUGCAAGAAAUUCUUUGUCGAGCUACCAUUCGAUUGUGCUGGAGAAAAUUGCUAGAGAAUAA